GUGGUUGUGCAACCCUGAAACCCUUCCCCGUGUGGUGUAGGAAAGGGCAGAGAAGCGGGUUCCCCUGGCGUCGUUAACCAUGUCGGGUAGAAAGCCCCGGUCUGUGGCAAACCCUCUGGAGUCUGCGAUCACCACACCGAGUGAGAGGAUACUGAAGGAGUGCCACAAUCUGUAUGUGGACAGCGAAAACGGCUUGGUAAAAAUUGCCAGUAGCCUGGGAGUCCGUCUUCUGCCUCCCAGAAAGAAGAUCAUCGUGAUGAUAAUGGGUAACCACUCUGCAGGAAAGAGCUCCUUCAUUAACUGGUAUGUUGAAGAGCACAUACAGAAAACAGGGGUGGCCAUCGAAACGCAGGGGUUUACCUUCAUCACAAGUGGACGCAAAAGAGAAUCUCUGACGGGUAAUGCAACGCUGCAUCUCUAUCCUCACUUUCGACCGCUCCUGGAGUUCAAAGGUGUUACUGACUACCUGUCUGCUGAGAUCUCCACCUCCAAGCAGAAGAAAUUCAGCCUGGUGACUUUCGUGGACACUCCGGGUUUGGUGGACGGGGACAUGAUCUACCCUUUUGAUGUGAAUAGCGCCAUCACUUGGUUGGGAGAACAGGCAGACCUGAUAUUUGUGUUCUUUGACCCAAUGGGCCAAGCGCUUUGCAAACGCACGCUCAACAUCGUGGAGAAGCUGAGCGAAAAAUGCGCAGACAAGCUGUUGUUCUACCUCAGCAAGGCAGAUGAAGCCGGGAAGGAGACAGACAGACAGAGAGUGAUGAUGCAGAUAGUCCAAGAACUGUGCCGCCGUCCAGGUCUCAACAAAUGUGGCUUUGAGAUGCCAACAAUAUACAUCCCAAACCCACAGAAGCCGAGCAGGUGUGUGAACCAGAUCGAUGGCGUUUGUCAGACCAUCGAGAAGACCAUUAACCAGGCUGUUCAGAAGACACUGAAUCAGCUGGAGAAAGACUCUGACCUUAUUUGUUCCACUAUCAGCAGCAGACUAGAGCAGGACAGGGCUGAUGUGGCUUACAACAAAAGCGUCCGUCUUCAUUCAUUCCUGUGCGGUGCUUUGGGUGUUUUCCUGCCUUUACUCUUCAUCCUCAGUUUUAUAGUGAACACCUUAUCCAAAGAGCAGCUGGAGGAGCUGUUGGGUGAAGGUGCAACUCGAACCAUCACUAUCUUCACAGGAAUAGUGAUGUAUUUAUGGGACUGGAUACCAGAAGAUGGGCAAGUAGUCUUUGUCAUCAUUUUUGGGGCUUUUUGCUACCUCCUGCUUUUCCUGGCAAAGUAUUUUGCAGGCCGAAGGAAUAAGACUCUGACGAAGAAGGAGAAGAGGACGAUGGCAGAGUACAGUGAUUACAUCCAAGAUAUCGUCAAGACUAAGAAGAGUAAAUUGUAUGAAUGGUACCUCCAGCAGUGUGCAGCAGAAUAUGACCUCUGACCCUGGGUAAGCUGAAGGCACUUUGCACCAGUACCUGUAAGCUCGCAGGUGUACGCUCUAAAUCAGCCGAGAUCACUGCCAACAAUUAUCAUCUCAGCAGCGGAUUUGAAAAGUGCCUUUAUUACUAAUUAUUGGAGAAGCUUUGAUUGUAGCCGUUUAAUGAAAGUCAGACUGUGACUGGAUUUUUUUUAUAGUCUAUGGGUAAUUAUUGUGAGAAAAAUAUGAAAUGUUUACAAAUUACACAUUUUCUUCUUGAACUUGGGGCUGCCUUUACCAGCAAACACAUUUUCAUGAUGUCCUCUAUAAAGUUAGUUCUCAUUGUUGUCAUGUGAUCGGUCUUUAUAUCUCACUACACUGUCCUGAGCGCAGUGUUACCAGAAUGUGUUUUAAGCAAUAGCUACAAUAACCAAUGCUGUGAUUAAAGCCUGGGCAUUAUAGUUGGACAUCUGAUAAAAACAUGUUUAUUGCAUUGAAUCCUUCUCUUGCCUCCAAAGAGCCAAUCACUUAUUUUUAUAUACAAAUCGUUGUGGUGUAAUCAUUGUUAGAUGUUCCACAGACUUUCAGUACAGCACAGUACGGUGGCCUAGAGGUGCCACACACAACAGCAAAAAGAAACAUUUGACAGGAAAGUUGGUGACAACAUUUCUUGUUUGUGACCAGAUAAAAUUCAAGUUCCUGGGAACAGGUUGAGGUCAGUUUUUCUAUUUCUGUACUACUCUCAGCAGUUUUCUUGGGAAAUUUGAUGCGAUUAUAUUUACCUACAAAUACUUGGCGCUGGAUACAGUAAAAUAAGGUGCUAAUAAUUAAAAUUCAUUAUACAGUAAAUAGUUUUUAAGUCGUAUUUAGGUAAUUUUAAAUACUUAAAUCUGACUUGACUCCAUCAUUAUACGAGCACGUUUGCCCUACCGCCUGUAGAUUUCAAACACAUUAUUCCCAUUGUUCAAACCAACAGAGAAUAUUGUAUAUUUUGGCCUUGUGUCACCAUUGUAAUGAUUUCCAUGUGUCAAAAGGCUGGAUUGGCCCUGUGUUCCCGCCUUACGUUCCUGUCCGCUCUCUACUCUUCUAUCAAAUAGAGGCUAUAAAAAUGCCACCUAGAAAUCCUUGCUGGGGAUCUGCUUUAGCUGCGAAUGGUCCCAUGGUGGGGAUUGUAGCUCUCAGCAUAACACAACCUCAUCUCUUUGACCAUAUGUCUUUUAAGUGGGCCUCAGGGCUUUCAAGUAAGAUUUUAAUAUAAGAGUAGCAUGGAAGCUGGAAAUCCCUCCCGACUGUAGCGGUGAGCUUGAUCCUGUCCGGUCACAAUAAGAAAUGUUGCCCCAACGCUUCUGAGAAAAAGUGAGUUGUUUUUUUUUACAUUUUUUUUGUUUGCUUGUUUCAGUUUCAUUUAGUUUUUGUUGUGUUUUGCACCUCAGGGACACCAUAGUGCAGUGAAGUAACUGCGCUGUCGGGUACCUCGUACUUGUGUUAAUAAGCAAUGAACCCUGCCAGUCCUUUAUUGAUAGAUUUAACUAGUGACACCAUAUACUGCCUUCACCACACUGUUUGUAGAUGUAUUUAUUAGUGUUGACAGACGUCAACAUGUGAGGUGCUUUUUCCUAGAGAUGCACUGAUCCAAUGCUCGACAUUAACAAUAGAGCUGCUUUUGAGGUUUUCUUUUUUUUAAUUUAUUGCUGUGACUGAUAUAAAUAAACCUCUAACAUUAGCAAACAGGUUAAUCAGUCACAUGAAGAUGGUUAUCAGCUCGAUAAGUUAACUUUUCAACAUGGCUACGAAUGUGUUUACAUGAAUUGCAUCUGAUCAAUCUCUAACAGCAGAUCUGUCCGUUUUAUAGGCUGAUUUUACAAUGGGAGGUAAAACUAUAAUAUUAGAACAGUAUGAAGCAAUCAAACACACAAUACUGGCUGAAAGCAGAGUGUGUAAACAUAAUAGAAAGAUUAUAUUAUUAAAAGGCACUUUAUGAA